GAGUGGCGUCGCGCCGAAAACUCCGAGGAAACGAUUAGACAGGAAGACAAACGGGGGACGAAGGAACAUUCAGAUUACCAGCAGUCGUCAUCGUCCUCGCGAAAAUCGGGGGUAACGGAGGCGGACAUGGCUUCCCAAGCCCCUGAUUCACGUUUCCUUCUUUCCGUCAAUGGAGAUUAGUCUCGCAGUCCCUCAUAAACGAAACAGCUGAGAGCAAUAUGAGGAGAGGUUCCCGCGGAUGAAAAUUGCCGCAAUUCACGCAAUCGGGAGGAGAUCGUUCUGAGGGAAAAAUGAUCGUCCGGACCUACGCCCGUCGGAAUCGAGGCCCCGGUGGAACGGGACUCACAGAAUCGGGCACCGAGGACGACGUCUUGUGGGAUUCUUUGUCCCAGGAAAGCUCCCAAGAAAUCUUCGGUCUCCCGUUCUCCUCCUCGCAAGAUUCCUCUUCUUGGUCAUUGGAUGAAUCCGCUCGUCUCUGCAUUCAGCCCUCCUCCAAGGAACCGGAGGAGGCGCGGGCUCUCAUUGGCAGGCCGGCAAAGAGACCUCGGGAAGAAGUGAACGCCAAGAACAGGUCAGGUCAGAUCCUUGGGAAGGUGCCCCGACGGGCGCUCUCAGCCCCCGCGACGUCGACGCUGAUGGAGGCACAAGAGUUCGGAGAGAUGAUGGAGCAUGUUGACGAGGCCAAUUUUGCGCUCGACGGGCUCAAGCCUGGUCGGCCUCUCAGGAUCCAGAGAGCUAGCCUCUUGUCGCUGCUCUCAGUUUGUUCCACUCCUCAGCAGCGUCGUCUCCUUCGCACCCAUGGGAUGGCAAAAGAAAUUUUUGAUGCUAUUUUGGGCCUGAGUACUGAUGAUUCGCCAAGUUCUCUUGCAGCUGCUGCUCUAUUUUAUGCGUUAGCAUGUGAUGGUCAAGAUGAGCAUCUAUUAGAAUCAUCUGCAUAUGUUCGUUUUCUUCUAAAGUUAUUGAAUCCAUGUGCAUCGGCUGAUAUUGAAAGAAAGCCCAUAAUUGGUUCUAAGUUGCUGGCUGUAAAUGGAGAUGUAGGCUUGUUAACAAAAAAAUCGAAAGGUGUUGAGUCCACCACGAUGGCAAUCAUGUUAAAGGUUCAAGAGUUAUUGCUGAGUUGCAAGGAGUUACAUAUGGGCAAUUGUGAUGAAGACGUAACUAAAAGACCUCAGUUGAAUUCAAAAUGGGUGGCUUUGUUGGCAUUGGAGAAAGCAUGUCUGUCAACCAUAUCUCUUGAAGAUACAUCUGGUUCAGUGAGAAGAGUUGGAGGAAAUUUUAAGGAAAAAUUGCGAGAACUUGGAGGAUUAGAUGUUGUAUUUGGUGUUGCUGUUGAUUGCUAUUCUGUACUGGAGGCAAUACUGAAGGAAAGCAUGUCUCCCUUGCAUGAAUUAAAAUCUGGUGAUUCUUUGCAAAGUCUAGCUCUGCUAGCAAAAUGUUUGAAGAUAAUGGAGAACUCUACGUUUUUGAGUAAAGAUAAUCAGAGCCAUCUGUUAGAGAUAAACUCAAAAUUUGGAUGUGAUGGAUCAACACUGUCCUUCAUAGGACUCGUCAUAAAUGUAAUCAGAGUUCUGUCAGGAAUUUGUCUAUCUGAUAAUUCUCCUCAAUCAUCUGCUGAACCAGCAUCCAGCCACGACUUGGAUGGGCUUGGUACUUGUCAUUCUCAAGGUUCUGAAGUGAAAUCACAGGGUCUUAAAGAAACAGGCUGUUGCAGCACCAAGGUCUCCAACAUCCCAUGUGAAGAAAACAAUUUAACGAGUAAUUGUUGGGAAACGUCUGAUUCAUAUUCAGAUUUAUCUGGUGCCAAAUUUGAUUCUGCUGCAUCAGAAGAUAAUGUUUCUGUUGUCAAGAAUAGCAAUGGUCGAUCACCAUUUCUGUGCCUUAAGAGAGAAAGCAUAUCAAGCUCAAAAUUGUCUUGCAAAAGUGCCAAUUGUUCCAAAAAGAAGUCCAGCGACUCGGAUAAGCUGCAUAAUCUGGCAAAUGAUAUGAAAGCUGAAACUGAUGACAAAAACCACGAUCCAUUUGCAUUUGAUGAAGAUGAUAUAGAGCCUACUAAAUGGGAGACAUUGUUGUCAACCCAUAAAAAACCAUCCCAAACAGCACACAGCAAAAUGUCAGAAUGCAAUAUGGAUAAUGGAGAAGAAACUGAGUUGAUGAGAGACAACCACGAAGCCUGUGAAGGUAACUCCAUCUCCUUGCCAAAUGCAGACUCAUCAGCUACGGAUGAAACCUCUGACCUUCUUGGAGAAUGCCUUCUCACUGCAGUCAAGGUUCUGAUGAACUUGACAAAUGACAAUCCAAUUGGCUGUCAGCAGACUGGUGAAUGUGGUGGACUUGAUACAAUGGCACAUUUAAUAGUUGGUCAUUUUCCAAGAUUUCAUUUACAGCCACCAGCUAGCCAAAACAACAAUUAUCAUCACCAGAACAUCAAGCAUCUUAGUGAUCAGGAGUUGGACUUUCUUGUUGCUAUCUUAGGCUUUCUUGUGAAUCUGGUAGAGAAGGAUAACACAAACAGGGCACGUCUUGCUGCAGCAAGUGUUUCUUUACCAAGCCUGAGGAAACCAGAUGGAAAGAAUAAUUGUGUCGCUGUAAUUCCAUUGCUCUGCUCUAUCUUUUUAGCCAAUCAAGGAUCUGGGGAGGCAAUCAAAGAUGCAGCAGCGGUACCCUUGAAUGAUGAAACUUCAGUAUUGCAAGGACAGCGUGAAGCAGAGAAGAUGAUUGUUGAGGCUUACAGUGCUCUUCUUCUUGCCUUCCUCUCAAUUGAAAGCUCGAGUGCCCGUGAAGCCAUUGCUUGUCACCUCCCAGAAAACAACCUGAGAAUUCUUGUACCAGUACUGGAGAGAUUUGUGGCAUUUCAUUUGUCAUUGAACAUGAUAUCGCCAGAAACUCAUUCAGCAGUUAGUGAAGUAAUUGAAUGCUGCAGGUGCCCAUAAUUCACUAAGGUUCCAUCAGUUACUGACCAUACACUUAUGUCAUCUAACUUUUUUCCGUUGGUGUAGAAAUGACAAUUGAAGUGUUGUAUUCAAUUUUUUUGUUGUAUAUUUUUUGAUUGGUCCUCUUUUGUCACUGUUUUUUUUUCUCAAUUAUCAGAAUACAAAUUGUUGAAACAAAAAUUAUGUAUAUAAUAGUGUCAAUUUCCCACGAUCCCAUUCC